AUGGGGGUCGAAGAUAUGGAGGUAACUCUAAAAGAGAGAGCAGUGAGAUAUCUGAAGGACAUAAUGAAAAUGGAAGAGGGAAGAUGGCCGAGGAUUGUGAUGAAGGAAGAGAUGAGAGGUAUACUGAACGGUAAGCCAACAAAAUGGGGAAAAGUGGUGAGGAUGACAUUAGAAAAAAUGGAGUGCGAAGAGGUGAUAAAGAUGAUGAUAAAGAGAAAAAACUAG